UAUAUAGUCGUAAUUGACCCUCCUGCUCCCCAGGGUCGCAUUCCGGGAUGUGACAGAGCUCGGUUGAGAGUGCCAUAUCUUCUUCUUCUUCCCUCGUCUGUCGCCUCAUUGUCCUCUCUCAUCAGUGUCACCUGGGCUUCCUCUCUCGCAGAGUGUGACAGAAGAGAUACAGACAAUCCCAUCUCUAUCUGCCUCUCCUCUUCACAAUGGGCGCGCACACCGACAGCGGCGCCGCCAUCUAUGAUGCGGCGUUGCAUCGUCGCCAGGCCCUCAUGGGCGCCAGUGGAGCUCGCGCUCUGGUCAAGAAUUUCCGCGUCUUCAGCCUGGCUGCCUUUGCCUGUAUUGGCGGUGUUCUGUAUGGUUACAACCAGGGCAUGUUCUCUGGCGUUCUUUCCAUGCCCUCUUUCAAGCAGCACAUGGGAGAAUACGAUCCUUUCGACCCCAACGCCAGCCAGACGAAGAAGGGUUGGCUGACGGCCAUUCUCGAGCUCGGUGCCUGGUUCGGUACUCUCUUCUCUGGCUUCAUGGCCGAGACAAUCUCUCGCAAAUACGGAAUCAUUGUUGCCUGCUUCAUCUUCAUCAUUGGUGUCGUCGUCCAGGCCUGUGCCAUUGACGCUGGUCCCAAUGCGAUUCUCGGAGGCCGAUUCGUUACCGGUAUGGGAGUCGGUAGCUUGUCCAUGAUUGUGCCCAUCUACAACUCCGAAGUGGCCCCUCCUGAGGUCCGAGGUGCCCUUGUCGCCCUCCAGCAGUUCGCUAUUUGCUUCGGUAUCAUGGUCUCCUUCUGGAUUGACUAUGGAACCAACUACAUCGGCGGCACCCAGCUUGGCGAGCAGAGCGAGGCUGCCUGGCUCGUACCCGUUUGCCUCCAGAUCUUGCCCUGCCUGUUCCUCCUGAUCGGCAUGCUCUUCAUGCCCUUCUCGCCUCGUUGGCUCGUCCACCACAACCGCGAAGACGAAGCCAGGCGCAUCUUGUCGACCCUCCGCGGCCUGCCCAUCGACCACGAGCUCGUGGAGCUGGAGUUCUUGGAGAUCAAGGCCCAGUCGCUGUUCGAGAAGCGAAGCAUUGCCGAGCAGUUCCCUCAUCUCCGUGAGCAGACCGCUUGGAACAACUUCAAGCUGCAGUUCGUUGCCAUCAAGUCUCUGUUCCAGAAGAGAAGCAUGCUCAAGCGCUGCGCUAUCGCUGGUAUCACCAUGUUCUUCCAGCAGUGGACAGGAAUCAACGCCGUGCUCUACUACGCCCCUACCAUCUUCCAGCAGCUCGGACAGACCGACAACACCGUCUCUCUGCUCGCUACCGGCGUCGUCGGCAUUGUCAUGUUCGUCGCCACCGCUCCCGCCGUGCUCUGGAUCGAUCGAAUCGGACGCAAGCCCGUGCUCAUCACCGGUGCCAUCGGUAUGGCCACGUGCCACAUCAUCAUCGCCGUUCUCUUCGCCAAGAACGCGGACAGCUGGCCGGAACACAAGGCGGCCGGCUGGGCGGCUGUUGCCAUGGUCUGGCUCUUCGUCGUCCACUUUGGCUACAGUUGGGGCCCUUGUGCCUGGAUCCUCAUCGCUGAGAUCUGGCCCUUGAGCUCUCGACCAUAUGGCGUUUCUCUGGGAGCUUCCAGCAACUGGAUGAACAACUUCAUCAUCGGACAAGUGACACCCGACAUGUUGCAGGGCAUCACCUAUGGCACCUAUAUUCUGUUCGGAAUUAUAACCUACCUCGGAGCCGCAUUUGUCUACUUCUUCGUCCCCGAGACCAAGCGUCUCACCCUGGAAGAGAUGGACAUCAUCUUUGGCAGCGAGGGUGCUGCCCGUGCCGACUUUGAGCGUAUGGAGGAGAUCAACAACGAGAUUGGUCUCACUCAAAUGGUCUACCGGUCUUCUCCUGACGAGGUGGUGACUGUUGAGGCCGAGAAGGCCGCUUAAAUACCCAAA